UCGGCCUCCACGGUUACGCUUUCCCCAUCGAUCCAUCUCCAUUCUCCCUCCCGGCCCCAUGGCAGAGAUCCACAGGGUCCACCCGCUCGACCUCGAGUCCAGCCCGCCGCCUCCCCUUGCCGCUCCGGCCGAUGAAACCAAGAAGAGGAUCGGUCAAGCCAGCAGCAAGCCGACGACGAGGCGCAUCAGGAGCCGCUGCUGCCGAUGCCUCUGCUGGACGCUGCUGGCGCUCUUCGUCUUGGUCGUCGCGCUGGGAGCCACCGUCGGGUUCCUCUACCUCGCCUUCGACCCCAAGAUCCCCGACUACUCCGUCGACCGCCUCACCGUUGCCAACUUCUCGAUCCGCGACAACAUGACGGUAUCCGCCACGUUCAACCUGACGAUCACGAUGACGAACCGCAACCGCCGGAUCGGGAUCUACUACCGAGGGGGCAGCCGGAUGAGCGCGCUGUACGGCGACAGGCAGCUCUGCACGGGGACGUUCCCGGUGUUCUACCAGGGCCACCGGAACACCACGGUGCUCAACGUGCCGCUCACCGGCGAGACGCAGCUCGGCGGGGAGCUGCUGCGGGACCUGGCCGAGCAGCAGCAGACGGGGAUGAUACCGUUGGUCUUCCGAGGGAAGGUGCCGGUGAGGGUGAGGCUGGGGAGGCUGAAGCUCCCGAGGGUGACCUUCAGGUUUCGCUGCGACAUUACGGUGAACAGCUUGAGCGCGAACAACAACAUCAGCUUGCGUUCCAGCCGGUGCAAGUUCAGGCUGAAGCUUUAAUCCAUCAAUUAUUUGAUAGAUCAUGCGUAUACAAAUUAAUAAAAUCACAGUUCCAGGCAAAAAUCACAAUUACUUGAUCGUGCAUAUAUCGAUCGACAUUUGGAUUUGCCUUUUCUUAAUUUGUUUUCAGUCUUGUAAUUUUUAAUUUUUUUGGUUCAAAAUGAGGGCAAGAUUUGUACAUUUUAGAUUUUUGGAAAUUUUGAAAUGGCAAAUUAAACUCUACCUA